CAGCAGCGGCCGUAAGACAAACAGCACCAGCAGCAGCAGCAGCAGCAGCAGCCGACCACACUCCUCUAUCCACCGUGUAAAUCCCGCAGCAGAGCCAUGGAGCCGGAGGGGCUGUGAUGUACCUGGCGCGCUCGCUGCCCACAUCCAGCCGUGCGCUCCCGGCGCGAGGCGCGUAACCGGGGGGAGAGAGCGCGCGCGUGUUGUGUGUGUGUGUGUGUGUGUGUGUGUGUGUGUGUCAUCACCACCACCGUGUCGCUUGCUGAGACACCCCCGUGCAGGACAGAGGGAGAGGAGAGGAGAGGAGAGGAGAGGACAGCGGAGGCCGAUUCAGGAUAUAAGGGGCAACGGACGCGCCGCGGCUCCUCGCGUCCUCCAUCAUGGCGAGUGACUCUCCCGCCCGGAGCCUGGACGAGAUCGACCUGUCCGCUUUGAGGGACCCUGCCGGCAUCUUUGAGCUGGUUGAGCUGGUGGGAAAUGGCACCUAUGGGCAGGUGUACAAGGGUCGCCAUGUCAAGACUGGGCAGCUGGCGGCCAUCAAGGUCAUGGAUGUCACCGGGGAUGAGGAAGAGGAGAUUAAAGCGGAAAUCAACAUGCUGAAGAAGUACAGUCACCAUCGGAACAUUGCCACCUACUAUGGAGCUUUCAUCAAGAAGAACCCUCCUGGCAUCGAUGACCAGCUCUGGCUGGUCAUGGAGUUCUGUGGAGCCGGCUCCGUGACAGACCUGAUCAAGAACACCAAGGGAAAUUCUCUGAAAGAGGAGUGGACCGCCUACAUCUGCAGAGAGAUUCUCAGGGGUCUGACUCAUCUCCAUCAGCACAAGGUCAUCCACAGAGACAUCAAGGGACAGAACGUCUUGCUGACUGAGAACGCAGAGGUCAAACUAGUGGACUUUGGUGUUUCGGCCCAGUUGGACAGGACAGUAGGUCGGAGGAACACAUUUAUUGGGACACCGUACUGGAUGGCACCAGAGGUCAUCGCUUGUGACGAGAACCCUGACGCCACGUAUGACUUCAAGAGUGAUUUAUGGUCGCUGGGAAUCACGGCAAUAGAGAUGGCCGAAGGAGCACCACCACUGUGUGACAUGCACCCGAUGAGAGCCCUCUUCCUCAUCCCGCGCAACCCUGCACCCAGACUCAAGUCAAAGAAGUGGUCCAAGAAGUUCCAGUCGUUCAUAGAGAGCUGCCUGGUGAAGAGCCACAACCAGAGACCCAGCACGGAGCAGCUCCUCAAGCACCCGUUCAUCCGGGACCUGCCCAACGAGAAGCAGAUCCGCAUCCAGCUGAAGGACCACAUCGACCGCACCAAGAAGAAGAGGGGCGAGAGGGAUGAGACGGAGUAUGAAUACAGUGGCAGUGAAGAGGAGGAUGAAGAAAGAGACAUGGGUGAACCGAGCUCCAUCAUCAACACCCCCGGGGAGUCGACCCUGAGGCGGGACUUCCUGCGCCUCCAGGUGGCCAACAAGGAGCGCUCGGAGGCGCAGCGGCGGCAGCAGCUGGAGCAGCAGCAGAACGACGAGCACAAGCGCCUGCUGUUGGCCGAGCGGCAGAAACGCAUCGAGGAGCAGAAGGAGCAGCGGCGGCGGCUGGAGGAGCAGCAGCAGCGAGAACGUGAGCUGAGGAAGCAGCAUGAGAGGGAACAGAGGAGGCGCUACGAGGAAAUGGAGCAGCUCCGCCGAGAGGAGGAGAGGAGGCAUGCAGAGAGAGAACAGGAGUAUAUUCGUAGACAGCUGGAGGAGGAGCAGAGGCAGUUAGAGAUUCUCCAGCAGCAGCUACUACAGGAACAAGCGUUACUCCUGGAGUACAAGCGGAAGCAGGUCGAGGAGCAGCGUCAAGCCGAGCGGCUACAGAGGCAGCUCCAGCAGGAGAGAGCCUACCUGGUGUCUCUACAACAGCAGCAGCAGCAGGAUGGAAGGCAAGCGGAGAAGAAACCGCUUUACCACUACAAAGAUGUCAUCAAUCCCAACGACAAGCCUGCCUGGGCUAAAGAGGUCCCGAAGCAGCAACAUGCGCACGGUAACCUGCCCCAGUCGCACCUACAACAUCACAAGUCGUUCAACCAACCAGCUUCGUCGGCCCACGCCCAAGGCCAGCUCAGAUCUCACGCCCCUAGGCGAACCCAGUCCCAUGCUGCCAAUUUCCUCUCCACCCGCCUUCCCAAUAUCUGCAUUUCACUAGACCCUUCAGAAUCCCUAGAUCCGGGGCUGAAGCAGGAGAUAAGUCAGCAGGUCAGAGAGUUUAGGGCUCAGAAACUCGGUCAGAGGGGCUGCAGUCCAGGGGCCACUGAGAAACAGAGUCAUCCUACUGGUCAAGGACCCAGUAACGGCGUUUCUAAGAGCAAUAAAGGACAUUCCAGUCAAGGGCCAAUCAGCCAGUCUAAUCCAGCACCAAACCUUUGUCCUCUGGGGGGAAAUAAGUCUAGGUCUGUCUCUGCCCCUAGUCAGUUAUCCAUCCCAGGGCUAAUGUCUCCAGACCAACAGCUUAUAGCCCAAAUUCUGCACCAAGGACAGGUGCAGAAACCCCAGUCUGGAUCAAACCAUGUUUCCAACCCUGCUGCCAAACUGGUGGAGGAGCGAUCUAAGCUGAACAGACAGAGCUCCCCAGCGCUGCAGCACAAAGUGUCCAACCGCAUCUCCGACCCCUCCCUCCCUCCCCGCUCCGAGUCCUUCAGCAGCGGGGGCAUGCAGCCCGCCCGCAACCCGCCCAUCCAACGCUCCAUCGAACCACAGAUGGCCCACCUGGUUCCAGUGAAGACCCACUCCAGCUCCAUGUCCGGUUCUCAGUCUCUGCAGGAUCAAACGGGCUCGGUGCUGAGUGAAGGCGUCAGUGUCGGGUCCCCCAGGCCCGAGAUGCCCCGGCAGAACUCAGACCCCACAUCGGACACCCCCGGACCACAGCUCCGCAUCAACAACAGGGAGGAACGUGAUCGGGAACGAGACCGAGACAGGGAUCGGGACCGGACUGCCUGGCUGAGAGAGGAGGACGCUCCACCAAAGGUCCCCCAGAGGACCACCUCCAUCUCCCCAGCCCUGGUCAGGAAGAAUUCCCCGAAUGGAGGACUGGGUCUGGGCCCUCGCACGGGUUCUCAGCUCAUACGGGCCAGUAACCCAGACCUGAGGCGCUCGGAGCUCUCUCUGGACGCCAUGCUGCAAAGAACCUCCUCCAACUCGUCCUCGUCCUCCUCCCCUUCAUCUCAGGCAGGCUCUGCAGAGAGGAGAGGUCAAACCAAGCAGGAAGGAUCCCCUCCAGGAGCCAAUCAGGAGGCAAAGUGCAAACAGGAGGAGGGCCGCGAAUCAGCCAGACCCAGCAGACCUGCUAGCUAUAAGAAAGCCAUAGAUGAGGAGGAGCUGGACCUAAGUGCAUUGGCUAAGGAGCUCAGAGAACUGAGGGUGGAGGAGGGCAGCAGACCUCCAGUCAAGGUGACAGACUACUCGUCCUCCAGUGACGAAUCGGAGAGCAGUGAUGAGGACGGGGAGACGGUGGGGCACGACGGGACUGUUGCUGUCAGUGACAUCCCCCGCAUCAUGCCAGCAGUGCAGAGCAGUGGCGAGUCGUAUGGAGGGCUGACAGAGGACUCUCUCGGAGAUGUCUAUAAUAGCUCCAAGGACGGCACUCUAGUGAUGAGAGAGGCGGAGGAGAGGAGGAGAGGCAGCCACACUGAGAGCAACGGGUUUGGGAAUCACGGUAACCACGGUAACCUCCCUGACCUGGUCCAGCAGAGCAACUCCCCCUCGGCCACGCCCACCACAGCCCUGCAGGAAUUGGCCGACAUGGCUGAGUUUGGUAUGGGUGGGUCCAAAGCGUCCUUUACCCCAUUUGUUGAUCCACGUGUCUACCAAACAUCCCCGAGUGAAAACGACGAAGAUAACUCAGCAGAAGCCAUGUUUGCGAAUGAGCUGCUGAGGCAGGAGCAGGCCAGACUGAACGAGGCCAGAAAGAUCUCUGUGGUCAACGUCAACCCCACCAACAUCCGACCUCACAGUGACACACCCGAGAUCCGCAAAUACAAGAAGCGCUUCAACUCCGAGAUCCUGUGCGCCGCACUCUGGGGUGUGAACCUGCUGGUGGGGACAGAGAACGGUUUGAUGCUGCUGGACCGAAGUGGACAGGGCAAAGUUUAUAACCUGAUCACCAGACGGCGCUUCCUGCAGAUGGACGUGCUGGAGGGGCUGAAUGUGCUAGUCACCAUAUCUGGGAAGAAGAACAAGUUGCGCGUCUACUACUUGUCCUGGCUGAGGAACAGAAUAUUACACAACGACCCGGAGGUGGAAAAGAAGCAGGGGUGGAUCACAGUCGGGGAGCUGGAGGGCUGUGUGCAUUAUAAAGUUGUAAAAUAUGAGAGGAUUAAGUUCCUGGUGAUUGCUCAGAAAAACGCCGUAGAAAUCUAUGCUUGGGCUCCGAAACCCUACCACAAGUUCAUGGCCUUCAAGUCAUUCACUGAGUUGCAGCACCGUCCCCAGCUGGUUGACCUGACGGUGGAGGAAGGUCAGAGGUUGAAGGUGAUCUACGGCUCCAGCGUGGGCUUCCAUGUCAUCGACGUGGACUCGGGCAAUCCUUACGACAUCUACAUCCCCUCGCAUUGUGCCAGACAGACGAAGAUCCAGAGCCAGGUGACACCCCAUGCCAUCGUGGUGCUGCCUAAGACUGACGGCAUGGAGAUGCUGCUGUGCUACGAGGACGAGGGCGUUUACGUCAACACGUACGGCCGAAUCACCAAGGACGUGGUGCUUCAGUGGGGGGAGAUGCCCACCUCUGUUGCCUAUAUCCAUUCUAAUCAGAUUAUGGGCUGGGGUGAGAAAGCCAUCGAGAUCCGCUCUGUGGAGACGGGUCACCUGGACGGAGUCUUCAUGCACAAGAGAGCCCAGAGACUGAAGUUCCUCUGUGAGCGGAACGACAAGGUGUUCUUUGCAUCAGUGCGCUCCGGUGGUAGCAGCCAAGUUUUCUUCAUGACCCUCAACAGAAACUCUAUGAUGAACUGGUGAUGGCUCCUCCCACUGUGCGCACCCUGCCUCACUCUCCCAUUGGCCGGCCCUGGCGACGGCCCUUCUCACAAAUGAACCCGACUGACCCGAGAGGCCACAAGUGAACUCUUUUAACACUGGAGAGACUUAAAAAACAACAAAAAAACAUGGGAAUAAAAGAUAUCGUAGAGGAAAAAAAAUGACAAUGACCUGUUCUAAAUGAAGAGACGCGUGACCCUCGAUUAUGGUCGGGGGUCAUACACAGAAGCCAUCGUUACUCAACUGACUUGGCAAACUGGUGCCACUGACUUUCCAAGUAUUCUCUUUCCCCCCUCUGUCUGUGUCCGUCUGUCCGUAACUCUGAUCCCGUUGUGUCCGUCUCUUCUCUGCAAAUGGGCCAGUGCGUUCGGCGACUGUAGAAAAUACUCUUUACGCCCGUCUCCUUCUGUCUCUCUUCUGCCCCUUUGUCUCCUGCUAGAGCUAGUCAUGGAGGAAUAAUAGUGGAGGAAUGACAUUUCAUUUUGAAUUUGAAUAAAUACUUCUGGAGAUGACAGCAAGGGCGGCAGAGGGACGACAAAUCGACUUUGGAUGGCGACGGUGAAAGGGGACGCCCUGAUUGAUUUCCUUUCUCCUCUGCCGCUCCUCCUCCACCUCCACCUCCACCUCCUCCUCCUCCUCCUCCUCCGCUUCCUCCUCCGGCCGUCUUUUCAGGCUCUGAGUAGACAGAGUUGUGAUUUAGUGUUCGAUCGCAUUUCUCCGAUAGAGAUGCAGCGAGACUCUGCUGUCACAGGCAGGUCGCAAUAGUAUGCAAAGCAGAUGUCUGUGUCCCUUUAAAACGAAACCGCUGGUCCGUUAUGUGUUUUUCUCUCCUCUCUUCCCUCCUUCCUCCUUUCUUUCCCUCCUCCCAUCAUCACCAUCAUCACCACUCAUCUCCCUGUUUUCACUCUUUAAACUCUGAAGGUGCUGCAUCAGAUAUACUGUAAUAUUAAAUGAACAAUGAGGGCGUCGUUCUGCUCGCUCGGUUUCCUUUCUUCUUCCUUUCUUUUUCUCUGUGGCACAGUUUGGAGUCAGUCAGUCUUUGAAGCUUGAUGAAAUGUACAGCACGUGUCUCUGAAAUCAAGAGUGUGUGUGUGUGUCAAUCUGAGUAUGAAUGUGUGUGUUUGACUUUUUGUCAAAGUGAAAUAUUGACCUCUAUGUCCUCAAAAAAAAAAAAAGGUCAAGUCAUUCUGUCUCUGUGCGUGAACUUCUUCCUUAACGCGAUCAAAGCAACACUGAGUGUGUUUACAAAGCUGAUGUAUGGUAUUAUCUUCUUAGUGUGAAGUUUAUGAGUUGGUGUGUCUGAACACCAUGCAUUUAAAAAUAGGCAAUAUUAGUGGAUGGUUAUGUUUUUUUUUGUUGUUGAGAAGGGGGGGGGGGGGGGGGCUAUGUUUCCAUUUCCUCUAACACAUUAAUGUUACUGGCUGCUCACGUCUGUGGCCGUGUCGCUGUGGGAGAUAUGAUGAUGAUGAUGACGCUUAUGAUCACGACCUCAGCAGGACAUGAGCUCCUAUCCUGAUCAUUGUGUGAACGCGAAGGCGCACGCCGAUCGAAUCAUGCUCAUCCCCGAUUGGCUCCUCUGACUUUUGGCUCCUAACUGUUUGUACAGUGCCUAGCAUGAUGUAAGCAAAACUAAAAAGAGAUUACCACUCCCGUCAUAAACGAUGCUUUGUUUUAAUUUGCCGACGUGGUAACUUUACACUGUUUAUUUUUCUUCUUCUGUGUUAUUAUCUAACAUUAACACAUGAUGUUAUUUGUCCCCUCUCGUGGAGAUGUACAUUAACAACUUGAUUUAUUCCUUGGAAGGAGUAACUGAACAUGGUGUGAGAAAAACCUUGACAUUUCUUCGUAAAUAUUCAGCACAGCUCACUCAAUGAUACAUAUUGUAUUAGACACUAUCAAGGUUGGACGAGUUCAUGCAUAUUUAUGUCAGAGAGCGAUGAAAUGCAGAUUGGCUGCAGGUAUGGCAGCAUGUUGGCCUAUGGUGGCACAAAACAAAUCCUCAAUUGUGUCAUGAUCAUUUUCCGUCAGAUGAUUGAAAUUUUUCUGUUAUAUUUCCAAGGACCCUUUUUACACAUUCACGCCGUAGCUGUUCCUGCGGUGCUGCAAGUUCACUGGUCUCUGUUAGAGAGAGCGCGCUGACAUUUAGCAAUAAAGAGCCGAGCUGAUGAAACCACCGUCUUCCCAGUGUGUGUGUGUGUAUGAUUAAUGAACAAGCGUGAAUGGGACAUUGUUACUUUGUGUGUCCAUUGUGGAAUUCACUCUUCCAAUUGGAAAAUGAUGGUCAAUACACUGAGAACUCUCCUUUCAAAGACGAAACCACUGUAUUUACUUGAUUCGUUUUCCUUUUCUGGUUUUCUUUUAUUUUGAAAGAGCAUUACUAACGAGGAUUCAUUUGUUUUGUAAAAGAGAUGCUGUAAGAGAGAAAUAAAUGAAACUAGAGCAUUA